AUGCCGCCGGCCGAAGCGGCGAGAAGAACUAAGGAAUUCAGAUGCCCUCCCAAAGAACAGAUGUUUCGUCUGCUGAAAUGUCGAGUUGCACCCGACACCAGUGUUGGUAUUAUGUUGGACGAUGAAGUCGAAUAUGAUCAAUGUCCCAUGGAUGAAACUCUUCAAGAA